AUGUCUUUAAACUACAUCAAGAACUUUUAUGAAGGAUGUCUCAGGCCUCCAACUGUGAUUGGGCAGUUCCACACCCUGUUCUUCGGCUCUGUGCGCAUGUUCUUUCUUGGUGUCCUGGGCUUUGCCGUUUAUGGCAACGAGGCUCUGCAUUUCAGCUGCGACCCAGACAGACGGGAGCUCAAUCUCUACUGUUACAACCAAUUCAGGCCAAUAACACCUCAGGUAUUCUGGGCCUUGCAGCUUGUAACUGUUUUGGUUCCCGGGGCUGUGUUCCACCUAUAUGCAGCCUGUAAAAACAUCGACCAGGAAGAAAUCCUUGAACGACCCAUAUACACCGUCUUUUACAUCAUCUCUGUUCUGUUAAGGAUUAUUCUUGAGGUCAUAGCCUUUUGGCUACAGAGUCAUCUUUUUGGUUUCCAAGUUCACCCCAUUUACAUGUGUGACGCUAGUGCCCUGGAGAAAAUGUUCAACGUCACCAAGUGCAUGGUCCCUGAACACUUUGAAAAGACCAUCUUCCUCAGUGCAAUGUACACCUUUACUGUGAUCACAGUGGUGCUGUGCGUGGCUGAGGUUUUUGAGAUACUCUGUAGACGAUUAGGCUACCUAGCUAGUCAAUGA